AUGUCGAACUAUGCCUUUUCUAAAAUAAGCGAAAACGUUCAAGAGUUGGUGUCUUCCAGGUCGCAGUACUUGAGCGGAUUCAAAUCUGUGGGCGAAUUCUUGGAUGUUCGUCGCGUUUCAAGACCUGAAAAUUUUGGAGAAGUACAAUCAAGAGUUCGUUUCAACCUCCGACGAUUCUCUUCGAAUUAUCUAGCCAUUAUUGCAGUCCUCGCCAUUUACUGUCUUUUGACGAACGUUCUGUUAUCUAUAGUUAUUGGUGUGGGCGCUGCAGGCGUGUAUGGUAUUCGCAAACACCAAGGCAAUGAAUUUCAUAUUGGAAGGCAUGUUUAUAGCAAGUCAAAUUUAUACACCACUUUGGGAUGUGUAUUAUUUCCCCUUGGGCUUUUUGCGUCACCCAUUCAAACUAUCUUUUGGUUAGUUGGAGCAUCUGCCGUCUGCGUCCUUGGCCAUGGUGCUUUAUUGGAACCACCUGUUGAAUCUGCUUUUGAGGCUGUCGAGCAACAAGUAUAA